AUGGCACCUGCUAAAUCCAGUCGUGGGGCUGGAGGUGGACGAUUUUCGAGCACAUCUAGGGGAAGUGCUCCGAGAGGUGGUGCCCAGAGGGGAGGCCAAAGUGGUAGGGGUCAAGGUAGAGGUAUUCCCCAGGGAGGCCAAACCUCCACUCCCCGAGUAACGUGUGGAUAUUGUGGGAAACCAAACCACACAGAGGAUGAGUGCUGGAGAAAGGCUCGGAAGUGCCUAAGAUGCGGAAGUAUGGAUCACCAAAUAAGCAACUGCCCGUUGAUUAGUGAUACCCAGUUAACUGCUAGGUCAAACCCAAAGCCGACCAAUGCUGGAGGGACCAGGUCGAGGGUACUGGCCAGAGUAUAUUCGCUGGAUCAACAAACCGUGCCUGAACCAACGGAGGUGGUAGAAGGUUUGCACCCUAGGGCCGCCGGGGCGGUGCUGGUGGAUUAG